GAGCGAAGGGGCAGUUGGAGCCACACGCGUGUGUCUGGCUGUCUACACAGAGCAGGGUGUUUGAGCAUGUCAGGUGUGAGGCGUGGGAGUCCAUAGCCCACACCGGACUUCUGGUCUGACCCGGAAGACAGUUCCUCCAUUGCUGCCUCAGUUUCCUUAGGAGAGGACGUGAGAAGAGGCAGGUCCCUCAAAUUGGCACAAGCUGUAUCCCAUCGCCCAGGGAGACCGUCAAUCACCCAUCAAUAUCAUAUCCAGCCAGGCUGUGUACUCGCCCAGCCUGCAGCCACUGGAGCUUUCCUAUGAGGCCUGCACGUCCCUCAGCAUCACCAACAAUGGCCACUCUGUCCAAGUAGACUUCAAUGACAGUGAUGACCGAACUGAUUUCUCUGCCACCUGCAGCGCAUUGAGACUUUGGUCCUGACCUGGAUUAGAGACUGCGGGAAUGGUUGGUGGGACUGACCGAAGCCCAGCCAGCCCAGCAGAUUUUCCACAUGAAAAAUGUAUCCCUUUCCUGGGCUGCUGCUCCAGUGCUGGCAUUGCCCCACCAGGCUGUAGGGCCUCCUGCACCAACUGCCACACCCUCAUUCUGCCCACAGUGGUGACUGGGGGUCCCCUGGAAGGGCCCUACCGCCUCAAGCAGUUCCACUUCCACUGGGGCAAGAAGCGUGAUGUGGGCUCGGAGCACACGGUGGAUGGCAAGUCAUUCCCCAGCGAGCUGCAUUUGGUUCACUGGAAUGCCAAGAAGUACAGCACCUUUGGGGAGGCCGCCUCAGCACCUGAUGGUCUGGCUGUGGUCGGUGUCUUCCUGGAGACGGGGGAUGAGCACCCCAGCAUGAACCGCCUGACAGAUGCGCUCUACAUGGUUCGGUUUAAGGGCACCAGGGCCCAGUUUAGCUGCUUCAACCCCAAGUGCCUCCUGCCUGCCAGCCGGCACUACUGGACCUAUCCAGGCUCCCUGACCACACCCCCCCUCAAUGAGAGUGUCACCUGGAUUGUGCUCUGUGAGCCCAUCAGUAUCUCUGAGAGGCAGAUGGAGAAGUUCCGGAGCCUGCUUUUCACCUCAGAGGAUGAUGAGAGGAUCCACAUGGUGAACAACUUUCGGCCACCACAACCACUGAAAGGCCGUGUGGUCAAAGCCUCCUUCCGGGCCUAAGCUGCCCACCUGCCCUGCUGGCCACUAGGGCAUCAUCUUCCAAAGGGCUUCCAUGUCAGCAGACACCAAACCAUCUGAGGCUUCCUGCCUGGGGGUGCUGUGGACCCCUCUUCAGCUGGCUUGCUUCUUGGCCACCCUGGAGGGUUCCUGAUGGGACUCACAAGUCAGGUCUACCCUUCAGCUGCCCUGGGACCAAAAGAACCAGAGCUGAGCAGGGUCCAAGUCUGGGGGUGCCUCUGUUCUCCAAGACCCAAGGCCCCUGGGAACCUCUUCUUCCCCACUGGCAGCAGCGGCAGCCCCUACCCUGAGCUCACACUGUGAUGAACGAGACUGAGCUUCCCAGGGCAGGCAGCUGGCACUGCCAGGAAGACUCAAGCAAUAAUUAGAGGUGGGCAGAGCUGCCCUCUCGGCAUUACCUCUUCUGCAGGCCUCCGCCAUGCACGCACCUCACUGCCAGGCCAUUAAAAAUCAGCACGCAGCCUGCUGGAGGUGACGUGGCCUUCUUUCUCCAGUCACCUGCUGCCAUGGGCAGGCCCUGGCUAUAGCUUAUAUAUUAUCUCCCCUUGUUCCUACCCAGCCACCAAAGCCACCACAUGAUAAUCCAUCCAUGUAUUAAUGAAUAAAUUCAUUUAUCCAUGCAACAAAUACC